AUGACUGGCUGGAUGGAUGAGGGGACAGCAGUGGACAUUGCCUACCUCAACUUCAGCAAGGCUUUUGACACUGUCUCCUGUGACGUCCUCAUAGCCAAUAGUGAAGGACAAGGCAAAGAAGACUUUGAAACGCUGCUGCAGAGAGAAUGCUUUUACAAGCCUUUUCAGAAUGGCAGCUGUUCCAGUACUGCAGGUGCUGGUCGACAAUUUCAAAACUGGAAGAUGAAAGCUGAACAAGCUAAGAAAGCUGAAUUCAUAAGAACUGCAGAAAAGCUAAAAACCCAGUUUGCAAAUACAGAAAAAGACAGAAAUGGACAUCUAUACAAUAGGAAGAGUGAUUUCAGGGUGGAAUACAGCAUGCUAGAGGAACUGGAACGUAGCAUGACUGUCAUCAGGAAAACUGAAAAAGCUAAAAUCCUGCAGCAGCUAUCAAAAAUACAAAAUAAUGUGAAGAAACUUCAGCGACAAUUAAAAGAUGUGAAGCCUACACCAGAAUUUGUUGACAAGCUCAAGGAAGUGAUGGAAGAAGUUGAAAAUGCAAUCAAUGCUUUUAAAGAGGAACAGAGGCAAAUAUAUGAACAGCUUUUGAAGGAGGAAAAAUCUGCCAUUAAUGAGCUCAGUGUCUUUGAGAGAAAAGUGGAACUGUGGGCGUUAGGCAACUCAACAACAGAAAAAGUUUUGAAAUUACCGUCAGCCAGGGUCUUAGUUGAUAAAACACUGCAAAAUCAUCUACCUGAAGAAGUAGUAGAGUUUGAAAGAUUUCUUCAGCAAACAGGAGGGAGGCAAGGGGGCUGGGAUGAUUAUGAUCAUCAAAAUUUUCUGAAAGUAUGGACAAAACACAAAGGAAGGCUGUCUUACAUGGAUGAAGCCCUUGAGUAUCUCUGUGGAAGAACAAAAGAAGAUAUCGAACAGCAUGACAAAUGGUAUCAGGAAUUUCUAAUUUUACACGAAAGAAAGAAAGAGUCAAUUAAGAAGUGGAAAGAAAAGCAGCGGCAAGAAAAAGAAGGAAAACUGAAAGAGAAAUCAGAAAAAAUGUUCAAGGAAGAAUGGCUACAGUGUGAAGAAGCUCAGAAGCAAAAAGCAGAAGAAGAAAGAAAAAGGCAACAAGCAGCAAUUGAAGCAUGGAAGAAACAGAAAGCAUUUGCAAUGGAACAAGCAUCACAACUAAAACUGGAAGAAGAGAAGGAGAAAAAGCAACGAAAGGAACGCCAGCAGCAGCACCAUGUGAAGUUACUGUUGGAAAGGUAUACCUUGCAGAAAAAAGCAAAGGAGGAACUUGAAAAGCUUGAAAAGGAGAAGAGAGAGGAAGCUGAAAAGAAGGAAAGGAAAAGAAUUGCUGCAGAAGCAAUUACUAAGUUUCAAGAGCGUGAUCUACAUAAACUGAAGUUAAGGAUUCUACAAAAACAAGCUAAAGAAGUAGAGAAACAAGAAAAAGAAAAAAGGUUGGCCAAGUUAAGAGAGAAGGUGGAGAGUCGGAUAACCAGUGACCGCUCCAGGUUGCACAGACCCACCAAGGGCUGGGAGCAACAUAUGGAAGGCGUCGUACCAGCAGCUCCGGAGCCGCUUAGCCACCCCAGCCUGGAGAUGAGGGUUAUAGUCAAGCGCCUGCCCGUCCCUGUCGCAGGAUGA